AUGUCAUCACCAGAUUUACCACCAUUCCCACCAACAACAACAAACAAUAAUGAUAAUAGUAGUAAUAGUAGUAGUGGUACGGUACCAACAACAUUUAUAGCAGGAAUAAAAUCUAAAAGAUCAUCAGGAUCAGGCAAUAAUACACCAACAGGAUCACCAGUUUUAUCUAGAUCAGCAUUAGCAAAUGCAGUUUCAUCAAAUAAUAGUAGUGGUGGUGGUUUGGACUCAAUUAAUAGUUUAUAUGGUAAUAAUGCAUUAACUUCAAUUACACAAGCAUUUGCAAAGAGUGAAAGUAAUCAUAGUUCACCAUUAGGUUCACCAAAACUACCACAUACAAAUAGUAGUAAUAAUAUACAAAUGAAUAAAUCAGAUAAUGGUGGUAAUAAUAGCAACAACAACAACAAUAAUAAUAAUUCUAAUGGUAGUUCAAUAAAUUUAAAUAAUGGUGAUCAAGUUGGAUUAAGAGCAUUUGCAAAAAAGAAGAAAGGGACAGCACCAGGAACAUCAUUUUUAAAUUUAAAAGCAAUAUCAGAUGAACAAAUGACAUUGUUAAGUAAUGGAGGUGUUGGUAUUGGUGUUGGUGGUGUUGGUAGUAUUAAUGGUAUUAAUAAUAAUAAUAAUAACUCGUUGACACCAACACGUAUGAAAUGGAAUGAUUUCGAGACAGAAUAUGAAAAAGAAUAUGAAAAUAUAUUGGAACCACUUAGAUUUCCAGUUGGUGAAGUUGUAGUGAGAAGACAAGAAAAGAUACCAAGAACCAUUUUCUCACCAACUAUUGGAAUCGUCACUAGUGGUUUAGAAUAUCAUGUACGUGAAUUAAUCGAUGGAUUCUAUAAGGAUUACUUAAUUGUCGAAACUAAAUCAUCAAUGUUACAAUCACCAAAUCAAAGAAAACCAUCCAUUAAAUUUGGUGGUAGUGGUAGUGGUUUAGGUAUUUCAAAUAGUAAUAGUUGCUCAGAUUUAUCAAGUUCAUUAUCAUCAUCCAAUGGAUUAAAUGGUAGUAGUGGUUUAGGAAUUUCAAGUAAAUUAUUUACAGCAGGUAAACAACUCUCUUCAAGAGAAUUAAAUUAUAAUUCAAUUUUACCAUCUGCAAAUUCAUAUUCUUCUGCUUCAUCAACACCAUCAAUGACAUCACCAAAUUUAAGUAGUGGUAGUGGUAGUGGUAGUAGUAUAAGUAUAAGUAUAAGUAAUAGUGGUGGUGGUGGUAAUAGUAUAAGUAGUAAUGAUGGUUCAAUAACGCAUCGUGGUGGUGGUGGUGGUAAUGGUAAUAGGUCAUCUACAAAUGGUACAAAUGGUAGUGGAUUACAAUUACAUCAACAACAACAUUUUACAGAUCCAUUAAAAGAGUUAAUACCUGAAAGAAAUGGUUUAGAAUUAUUAUGUGAAGUUCAAGAUUUAAAAUUCUCUUUAGAUGUUGAACCUUUCUUUUGUAGUCUUUAUAUAGUUGAUUUAGAUAAAAAAGAACGUAUAACAGAAUCUUUUAAUUUUCAUUUAAAUUCAAAAUCAUUAUUAGAUUCUUUAAAAAUUAAUGAAGAUUUAUUAAGUGGUUGGUCAAAUCAAAAGAAAUGUAAAUUUAAUUUAAAUAAAUAUCAUCCAAAUAUUUAUUUUAUACUUAGAGUUCAUCAUAUAUUUAGAGGUGAUAUUGAAAAAGAUAUGAAACCAUAUUAUAAGGAUCAUAUAAAGGAUAAGAAAAAGAAUGAUGCAUUAUUGGCACAAUUUAAAUGUGAAAUAUCAGAGAAAUGUCAAAGUUGGGGUAGUAGUGAUGGAAAUAGUGGUCAAAUUUUACAACCAUUUGUUUGGGCUGCUUAUCCAGUUUUUCAUCGUCCAACAUUAAGUUCAACACCAAGUUCAAUGAAUUUAACUUCAACUCCAUUAUCACCAUCUUCAUUAUUAUCUGCUGCAAAUUCUUCAUCAUCGUCAUCACCUUCAACAUCAGCUGAUAGAUUACCAACUUUAUCAACUCAAAAUUCUUUAAAUAAUUUAUCACUAUUAGGUAAUUUUAAUAAUGUUUCAGUUACAGAGAAUACCAAUACAGUAUCCAUGACACCACCACCAACACCACCACCGCCACCACCACCAUCAAUUCAAUUACCACCUCCACCUCCACCAUCAAUGUUAAAUCAAAUUUCACCAAUAGAAUUAAAACAACAAUUAAUACAACAAAUUAAUUCAUUAGCUUUAGCUGAUGAUCAAUCAUUACCACCAAUGCCUGUAUCACCACCAUUAAAUAGUGCCAAUAGGAGUAGUGUUGGAAGUGAUAGUGGUGAUAGUAUUAUAACUACACCACCAUCAUCAUCGUCAUCAUCAUCAUCAUCACCAUCCUCAAAUUUUACAUUAUCACCAACUUUCAAUGGCAGUGGUGGUGGUGUAUCAACAUUAUCAAUACCACAACCACCACCAUUACCACUUCAUUUAGGACAUAGAAGAAGAAGUUCAUUUAUGAAUCAUCAAUCAGGAUCAUCAUCAUCAUUAACAUCAACACCAAUUGGAAUUAAUACAAAGAUUACCAAUACCAUUGAAAUUGUAAAUUUAAUACCAUGUACACCCAAUCUAACUGAUAAGACCAUUUGUGAUAUGUUAUUGGUUGAUAAAGAUUUAAAGAAAUUGAAAUCACAAAUUCCAGGUACAUUUACAAUGUCAAUACUUUCCAAAGAGUCUGAAGAGGAUUUAAGAGGUCGUAUAAGUCCAUCAUUGGUACCAUUGUUACCAGUGGAUACAAAUUUUAAGAAACCCAAUUUAAUUAGAGAGAUACAAGAUUUCUCAGAGACACCCUAUCCAUUCGUAGAGUAUGUCAAUAAUCUUUACAUUUAUCCAGAGAAUGUUUUCAUAAAAUAUAAGAAUCCAAAUAUUCAAAUUCAAGUUCAAUUGAUUGAUGAUAUCUCUUGUUUGAAAUCAUUGAAAUGUGUUUAUCCAACUACAUCACCCUAUAUACCAGCGGGACUCUGGGAUACCAUAACAUUACCAGCACCUGGUUUACCAGGUCCAUCACCAACUACACCUUAUCCACCAUUGGAUUAUUGCGCAUUCAGUUGUGUUAGUUUUCACGAUAAACGUCCUCAUUUCUCUGAUGAAUUCAAAAUUAAAUUACCAAUGAAAAUCACAAGUCAACAUUUGUUAUUCACAUUUUUCCAUAUCAAUAUUCAUGCAAAGAAGGAUGUUAAAACUUCAAUUGGUUAUUGUGCCGUACCAUUAUGUCAAUUAUCUAUGGGACCAUCGGGUAAUCAAGGUGGUAUUCAUUUCAUAAAGGAUGAUUAUUAUUGUGCUGCCAUUUCAUCGGAUAUGAAUAAUCUUUCACCUAAAUUUGUUAAUCCUGAAACCUCUAAAAAAGAGAAAAUGCCAGUUUUCACAUUUAGAACAAAGUUGGUAUCAAGUGUAAUCACUCAAGAUCCAUGUUUAGAUUCUUUCUUUAAAGGUGGUGGUAGUAAUGAAGUUAAAUCAAUACUAAAGAUUGAUAGAGUUACCUGUGUUCAAUUCUUCCCUUCAAUUUUAAAUCAACUCUUUCAAAUUAUGUGCACAAAUGCCAACGAAGUUGCAUCACAAGCUUUCAAUUCAAUAUUACAUGUAAUUAAAAUUGUAGAUGGUUUUCAAGAGAAAAAAGCUGGCACAGAGAAAUCAAGAUUAUUAACUUACUACUCUGAAUAUCUCUUUGACUAUGUACCAGAUUCAAAGAAUCUCUACGAAGAGUUAUGUAGACAAUGGGUAAAUUCAAUAAAUUCAGGUGUCUAUGUUAAAGAUUUCCGUUUAAAUUGGUUCCUCUUGGAUAUUAUGACUAAAUCAAUGGCAUUAUCAUUACAACCAACCGGUAAACUAGAUACAGAUUUAGGUAGAGAGAAUAGAUUUAAAAUUGAAUUCCUAGAGAAUCUUAAUAAGUUGGUAUUGAUGUUAAUACCAUCACAAUCGGAUGGAAUGUUGGUUCAAAGUUGGGAAUUCUUUAUGAAAUUCCCUUAUUUCAUUAAUAAUUUAUUCCCAUUGAUUGAUAGAGGUUUCCUUUUUAAUCUAAUCUAUAAUUAUAUCACUAGAAUCGAUCCAACCAAUGAAGAUUUAACAAUGGUAACAAUUAAAUUCAAUUUCUUAAAGAUUACCACCGAUUAUGAUCAUUAUAUUCCUUUGAAUUUUCCAAUGUUAUUCAAAAGUUUGGAUUCAGUUUCAGAUUUAAAUUUGAAAUUCUUUAAACGUCAUUUCUUAUCGGUAUUAUUAAUCACAGAGGUUGAGGGUUGUUUAAAACAUAAUAAACUGGCCACUAGAAAUCAAGCAAUUCAAACUUUAAAACAAUUGAUAAAGAAACAUCAUUAUGAUCAAAGAUAUCAAGCAGCAGAGAUUAGAGAAAAAGUUGCAAGUAUUUAUUUCCCAUAUGUCCUAAUGAUAGUUGAACAUUAUUCAAUCAUUAAACAUCAAUUGGAAGCUAGAGAGGUACAAGAAUGGUUAACAGUUUUCAUUUGGAUCCUCCAAUAUUGUAGUAGAGAUCUAUUAAGAAUGUGGUUUACCAAAGAGACUCAAAAACAUCAAACUAAUCUAUUGAAUCUUAUGAUGAUGUCAUUGGAAAGUUUUAAAGAUGAACCCUCAAUCUUUGAAAUUGCAAUUCUAUCAAUUGAAAUCUCAAAAUAUAUUCUAGAUGAUUUCAAUGAAGAUCAAAUGCAAUCCAACAUAAUUCUAUUGGAUAUAAUAAUUAAUAUACUUCAAAAGUGUUCUUCAAUCUCUGGUGUGGAAAUGUUAAGAUUAAUCUAUACAAUCUUUAAAGAUUAUUUAGUACCAAAUUAUCCAACUUUAUUAUUUCAAAAUUUAAAUAACUCUUAUUGUGAAAUCAUUACUUAUGAUCUUCUUAGAUCAAUUAAUAUGACUGAUCUAUUGGAUGAAUCAGCAUCAUUAUUCUAUUUAUUACUAUUAAAAAAUUUCCAAUCAACCAAGGAUAUCUCAAAGAUGAAAAUUCAAUCAACAGUUGCAAUCUCAAGAUUAGUCGGUGAAAUUAAAUUGGAAAAUAGUUUUAAUCUUAGUAGUUUCUUAAUGAAAGUUAGAAAGUUUGUAACACAACAAGAAAAUGGUGAUAGUGUUUUCAUUAAUCAAGUCGAAGAAAUGUUAAAUAGAAUUGAUACCUUGAUGAAAUAUUCUCAUACUAUCAAUCAAAAUAAGAAUGAUCCAGAAUUGGUUAGUGAAAUGUAUUUUAGAAUCUCAAAUAGUUACUUUGAAUCACCAAAUUUACGCUUAACUUGGUUAGAAAAUCUUUCAAAGAUUCAUAGUGACAAUGAAAAUUUCGAUGAAGCAUCACAAUGUUUAGUUCAUUGUGCUUAUUUAAUCUCUCGUUAUUUAAUUCAAACCAAUAAGUUUAAUGAUAUUUUAGAAUCUGAUUUCUUAUCAAUUUGUCCAAAUAUAAAAUCAGAAUUACUAUUACCAACAUUUGAUCAAAAAGAUAGUGGUGCUUUAUUCCAAUCCAAUAUUUGGUCACUACCCUAUGUUGUAGAGUUAUUAGAAAAAGCCAUUGAAUACUUAAUGAUGGGUAAUCGUUAUGAAUUGGCAAUUGAAAUCCAUUCACUCAUUUCAAAAAUUCAUAAAACAAAGAAAGAUUAUAAAUCACUCUCUACAAGUUUAUCAAAUUGUCAAAAAGUUUGCCUCGAAUUGGGUGAAAAGAAUAAGGAAACUCGUAUCUAUGCUAGAUUCUAUCGUGUUGGUUUCUUUGGUAAAAAGUUUUCUGAUGAACAAAUGGAUGGCAAAGAAUAUAUAUAUAAAAAACCUCAUAAAUGUAAUAUUAGUGUACUACAAAAUCAAAUUAAAAAUAACCUUCAAGAGAAAUUCGGUCAAGACGAAGAAAUCAUAGUCUUAUCAAAUGCAAAAGUUGAUAAGAAUUCAUUGGAUCCAGAGAAAGUUCAUAUUCAAAUUGUAUCAGUCGAUCCAUAUAUUGUUGAUCCACAACAUCAAUCUUCUGCCGCCACUGUUGAUGUUGCAUUAUCACAAUUUGAUCAAUACUUCAAUAUCUCUCAAUUCAUUAGUGAAGUACCAUUCAGUACCGAAGGUAAAGCUAUUCAAGAUGAUAUGAGUAAACAACAGAAAAAGAAAACUAUUUUCUCUGUGGAAUUGGCUUUCCCAUAUGUAAAGAAUCGUUUAGAAGUAGUUUCAAAACGUGAAAUCAUUCUAUCUCCAAUUGAAAAUGCAAUAGAAUUAAUUCGUGGAAGAUGCAUAAAAUUAAAGGAACAAUUGGAUACAAAUCCUCCAAGAAUCAAUUUACUUCAUCAAAUUCUUCAAGGUAGUGUUUUCCCAAUGGUUAAUGAAGGUCCUUUGAAAAUUUGUGAAAUCUUCCUUUCACCAAAAACAAUCAAUAAUUUUAACGCUGAUCAUGUCGAUCAAUUAAAGAAAGCAAUGGAGAAAUUCAUUAUUUAUUGUGGUUUCACCCUUCGUUUAUCUCGUAGUAUAAUUUCAGUUCAACUUCAAGAAUUUCAAAAUAUGAUUGAAGAACAAUAUAAAACUCUUAAAGGUCAAAUUAAUUCUUAUUUAAAAUAA